AGUUUCGUAAAGCUCCAGUGUAGAACAUGGAUGAAGUCAUAUAUUGUGUUGCGGUGUGCGUGGUGUGCUAUGGUGUAUCAGAGACUGUAUUUGGCGAGUGGAGUGUGAUGGGAAGCACCAUCAUCUUGGUCCACUCGUACUAUAACGUCUGGCUCAGAGCCCAGCUGGGCUGGCAGAGCUUCCUGCUCAGGAGAGAUGCUGUACACAAGAUAAAAAGCCUCCCUACAGCUAGCAAUACACAGCUGGAGCAGUAUAAUGACAUCUGUGCUAUCUGCUUCCAGCAGAUGAAGCACGGCGAGGAAGAAAUAUGCUUUGAAACGAGUGUGAAAGACUGAUAACUUUAGGAUGCCAAGUCCUGAUGCACACUUAUAUGUAGACCUUGCUGCCACUCUGACCACAGAACGUGUUUGUCCCCAGUGUGCUAUAACCUUGCAACCAAUGUGUUUUUUCUACCUUGUGUUUUUUCUUUUGGGGUUAUAUUUACACUAAUGUCAUUUUUUACUAGCAAUGAUCCAAAGCUGUUCUGUGGAUGUCGGCAACCAAAUACCCUCUGAUGUCUGUGUACGAGGAAACGGCCCAAUCUGUUUGUGUGUAAUGAACACAAAUGUUGCUCUGUACGUAAUCUAUAUUAAACCAGAGGUGUGUUGAUAAAUAUAUAUAUAUAUACAUAUACAUAAGUAAGACGAGGGCUUGGUUUCUCCAAAGUUUCCUUUCUUUGUUUCUUCACGUGCCUGAGAGCAAAGAGAAUUUUUGGAUAAGAAGCUGCUGGGAAAUCAAGCCCUCUGAUCUGAGACCAGCCAGUGUUGCUGCUUCUCCAGUCUAUAUGACGCAUCUUUUAAGCUGGUGUGAUCACUCUGCUGCCCUCUACUGUUAGGAGUGGGCUCAGCAUGGAGACGCAUUAAUUAGCGCUCAGCAGUAUUACUUACUAGCACUAUUAUUAAAGGUCUUAUUAGUAUGAAUGACCAUAUUCUUGACAUUGGGAAGCGUGGGCUGCAGGGUUGAGAAUGAAUACACGAUCAGUGUAGGAUCAAACCUGACCAACGCUGCUUUGACUUUUUGUGUUUAUUUUUUUAAAGAGAUGAAAUGGAGAGUUUGAUGUAUUUUGCACAUGUUCUUCUGAAAGGUGAACCUAAGGGAUUUUCUGUACACACCUUCUUAUUUUAAUACCAACACCAUUCCUUUGACAUUGAUUUUUUUUUUUUUCGAACUGCUGUUCGAUACUGUUGCCUCUGAC